AUGGCCAGUCUUGCUCAUGAAUUUACGUCAGACCAACUGAAUUCUUUUGCUCUUCAAUCGGAAGCAGCAAAAAAUUUCCUGAAAACGUGCAUUCCUCGAGCCGAGUUUCUGCCUGCGUACGAUCAUCAGGACGUUAUUACACAUGUUGAAUUGAGCUCAGAUGGCCUUAUAUUAUGCGUGGUUUCGGUUGACAAGAUGGUUACGAUUUGGCGACGGAAUGAUGGCUUUGACAAGUGGAUCAAACAACAGAAAUUUAAGGUAAGGUUUUAUUUUAGAUUUUUGUAUUUUUUAGGUGUUUGAAUAGAGCAAGAAUUAUUUUAAUGGGCGCUUGAAGGCAUUGAUCUUGUUUUAGGGACACAAUGGAGCUAUUUGGCGAGCUCGAUUCGCUCAUCCAAGCUUUGGCAAUUUGAUCGCCACCUGCUCUAUCGACGCGAAUAUAUUUUUAUUUCUUGAAACCCGUAAGAAACUUUUUAUUGAGGUGAUUUGGGGAUUUUUUUUAAUAAAGCUUGUUUUAAGCAACUACUAAGACUUCUCGAAGGUUAAAUUGGCAACAUCAGACAACAUUAAAGUAUUACACAUCGGCUAUUUUGGAUAUCAAAUUCUCACCGGCUUUUCAUGGGUUAAUGUUGGUUAGUUUUAUCAUUUAGUUAUAUAUUCGGUUUGAGUAGCCUUACUUUAGAGGUUAAACUUGUGCGAUUCGUAAUCGAACCACCUUUUAGGCGGCUUGCACGGCUCAUGGACAUGUUAUUGUGUACGAAGCCCACGAUCCGCUGAAUAUAAACUACUUCAAUUUGAUAUACGACAUCCGAUUGGGAGUCCGCCUUUCGACGUUGGAUUGGAAUCCCGGACGAUACAAUGAAUCGCCUUUCCUGGUUGUCGGAUCAAACGCUACCAACAUUCCAAGCGACAAGCGAUUAACAGUCUUGGAAAUUUCGACUCAACUGUAAGUUCUUUUUAGUAUUAUUGUAUUGAAUUUUAGGAUUUGCAACUGAUCGAGUGAUAUUAUUUUAAAUUCAGCCCAACUAUUCGUGAGGCAAUCCAAUUCACGCCUCUCCGUUCGAGCGAAAAGAUCCAGUGCGUCCGAUUUGCCCCACAGAUUUCAGCCGUCUACACCAAAGUGGCGAUUGCAACAAGGAGGAAGGUCCUGAUUUUUGCAUUCUUCUCGGAGAAGUCUGGCCGAACCGAACGAGGGCAGGUCAUUAAUAAACCGCCGCGGCUUAUUGCCGAAAUCGUCGACGAAAUUCAGUCGGAUAUAAUAACGCUUCAAUGGAAUUCGGGUGGUGCUGCGAUUUCAGUGCUUUAUGACGACGGCGCGAUACGAAUUUACAAACGUAGGUGUCAUAUUUUCACUUGGUUUGUUUCCUUUAUUUUUGUUUACUUGUCAAUUUACGUUUAUCUCAAAUUUUAGAGACUUUUGGUUCGGCAUUUGUCGAAAUUGUCACUGUCAGACCACCAAGUCAACUACAGACCUCAUUGCCGAAGAUGAACUAA